GGAAGCGCCCCUGGACACCAAUGUAAACAGUGAAUAGUGCCAUCGCGGGCUGAGCGAUGCCGUCGCCGGCUCUGGUCACACCCUCACUGCCAGCGGACGGUCGGGCUGGCCGGGCAAGACGCCGCACUCGACCCGCGCGCCGUCCUCAGCGGGUGUGCGGGGCAGCGGACGAGAAACAUGACGACCGGCAGGAUCACGAUCGCGGACGUCAAUCUCCUGGGAUACGAGGACUUCAUCGAGAGGUUCGGCAACGUGGUGGAGCACUGCAGUCAAGCUGCUGGCGCUGUCUGGGGCAGCCGACCCUUCCGGGACAUCAACGACCUGCACGAGUGCCUGAGCACGUUCCUGGACUCGCUGCCACAGAACGGCCAGCAGGCGAUCCUGCGGGUGCACCCGGACCUGGCGGGCCGGGCGGCGCGACAGGGGACGCUGACGGCCAACUCUGCCACCGAGCAGGGCAGCGCCGGCCUGACCCAGCUGGCAGAGGGAGGAGCAGCGCUGGCUGGCCGAAAACAACCAGAGGUGCGACGACGCGCUCGCGGACGCAGGGACUUGGGCUCUUGUGGACGCUGCUUCUGGGACACGACGGUGUACAAGGACAAGUUCGACUUUCCGUUCGUGGUGUGCGUGCGGAUGAACAAGAAGGAGGCCAUCUUCAGCGGGAUCAAGGAGCGUCUGGAGAACGACGAGACGACGGAGCUCCGCACCGGACUUGAGGAGGUCAAGAAGAUCUGCUACCUCCGGCUGCUUGACCUCAUCGACCCGGAGGACUGCGCGUCCAAGGUCUAGCGCUGCCGGGACGCCCGUGGUCCACAGCGGGACGCGCGCGAGGCCGUGCGAGCCGACAUCAGGCACUAUGGCGGUAUCGUGCUGCAGACCCGGCGUCUCAUAGAGCAGCGGAGAAUUCACGCUGCCAUUCGGCCGGUCCGGUCGUCUGGACACGUGUGACCGCCAACUGAAGUGCACACCUGGCCCCGGUGUAGGCCGUCAUGAGCGGGAGCCGACCGGUCACUGAACGGUUCGGUGUGACCGAUGUCGAGAACCGCGGUGGCUGCGGGUGACGGCGGGUCUACACCCAGAGGCUGCGGGUGACGGCGGGUCAACACCCGGCGGCUGCGGGUGACGGCGGGUCUACACCCGGCGGCUGCGGGUGCCGGCGGGUCUACACCCGGCGGCUGCGGGUGACGGCGGGUCUACACCCGGCGGCUGCGGGUGACGGCGGGCCAACACCCAGAGGCUGCGGGUGCCGGCGGGUCUACACCCGGCGGCUGCGGGUGCCGGCGGGUCUACACCCGGCGCCGGCUCACGGUGGUCACCCUGUCGCCACGCGCCUCGAGCGGGCUUCGUCGUACUGCGCUGGCUGCUGUAGCGUUCAGCUACAGUUGCUGCACGAAUGUGUCAAAGCCGGCUUUAGUGGUGUGUUGGUAAAGGUGGCACGUUUAGAGACAGGCCACUAACACCCACUCGUACGUCUAUCAAAAAAAAGAAAAAAGGUUCAGAUGUAUAAUUGCCUGCUUGUCAUAAGCCUCUAUGUGGUCACGCGACGCCGUGCAGUGCGUGACGGCGCAAGAAUAAAACGAGCGCGCAACU